AUCUAUGACGCACCUUAACGCCCUCCUCAGACGGAAAGAGAAGCAUGUGUUGAUCUCCACCCAUCCGUUCCUGGUAGUUGCACUGAACUUUAUGUGCCUCGCCCUCAAUCUGAAUCCAGCACAGAACACCGAGAAAUCUUCUAAGAACACCCGAAGCUGGCAUUCACCGACAUAAACAAGAUGGGCUGUAAGGUGCUGUGUACCAGUGUUGCUCUCCUUGCUUAUCUUAUGUUCUUUGGACAUGUCCGAGCGGAAUGUACACAGCCUUCUUUUGCAUCAAGAAAUGUUGUUUUAUCAAACCAUCUCUCGACUCAAAAUUUCACAAAUGGGUCCACUGUAACAUUUGAGUGUGUGAUUGGACACAAGCCAGUUGACUCAAAAGCUUCUAGAUCAGUUACCUGUGAGGGAAACCAGUGGACAAGUCUGGAACUCAGUUGCACAAGAAAAUCCUGUGGAAGUCUUGCAGAUUUUUCUCAUGGGAGAUAUGACAUGACUGGGAAUUUAUUUGGCGACACGGCUAAACCAGUUUGUGACAAAGGAUACAUGUUAGCGGGUAAGGAAACAACAAGAACAUGCCGAGAUCAGGGAUGGGAUGGCCGAGAUCCUCUCUGUGAAUCGGUAAAAUGUUCAGCACCUCCAGCCAUAGAAAAUGGGCAACUUGUAGAUGAGCCUUUGGAAAGUUACAAUUAUUUAGAAGCAGUCUCCUAUAGAUGUAACAAAGGAAUUAAUCUUAUAGGAGCGUCAACACUUCAUUGUUCUGAGGAUGGAACCUUUAAACCAGAUCCUCCAAAAUGUUUUGAUGGGUGUCCAACACCUAUAAUUCCUAAUGCAAAAAGAAUCGGUGGAAAAUCACCCCCCUACAAACUGGGUAACUUUAUUGAAUACCAAUGUGGAGAUGGCUAUAGACUGGAAGGAGAUGGUUAUAUUGUGUGUAAAGCAAAUGGAUGGAGCCCUGAACCACCACAAUGCAUUGUCCUACCUACAACUACCACGACUACCACAACUACCACAACUCCUGCGACUCCCACAACACCCAAGCCUCCUAAAAGGACUGCCCUACCUACACCUCCUACAACUACCACAACUCCUGUGACUUCCACAACACCCAAGCCUUCUGAAAGAACUGCACCAUGGGUUGUUGCACUGAUUGUUGUGAUUGUUUUGAUUGCUGUGGGUGUGAUUAUAUGUCUGAUUGUCAAAAGGAAACGCUCAAAACACUUGUAUUCUGACAAGGUGGCAACUGAUAAUCAAGAAGAUCGAUUAUGACACCCUCACAUACGUGGUUUUCAUAAAGUUGCCAUGGAGAAAAUCUGUGAAGCAUCUUGCAAAUAUAUAUCAUUUAAAUAAGCACUUCCCAGAAUUAAAAAGAGGCUGACUAAUUUCCCGCAGCAAAUUCCUCCAUAAUCAGAACCACUGUUGCUUUGAAAAGUUCUGCUUAAAUUGAACAAACUCCUUUCUAGCAGUCGCUGACUUCACCCCAUUCUUUGCUCUGAAACAGAUCUGUCUACACAUAAGUCAGGUUGAUUUCACUUUUAUAAAGUGUUUAAUUGUGAUUUCUAACUUAAUUUUCAACACUGAUGAUAGUGUUCAAUCUUCUGUUAAUGAUGUUGCUGUUCCUCUUCCUGAGAAUGUCUGAAGAUUCACACCAAAAGAAGUGCACUGUCUCAUACCUCACUGGUUUGGUUGAGACCUAAAUAUAGCAUGAAUAUUUAUGGAGAAUGUCUGAUCAAAUUCGAUUUAAAAGAUUAAUGUUUGAUAAGUCAUAAGUCACAAUGUUUGAACAAAACCAAAUGUUGUACAGUGCUUAAAGCUUUGUUUUAAUUUUGCCUAUUACUUUGGAUAAAACAGGAUGUGUAUAUUAAACUUCCAGUAAAUAUUCAGCAGAAUGUGAUUUGCAGUGCAGAUAUUAAAUGGGAAGUUUUGUCUAAUCCUGCUACUUAAAGUGCCUUUUCAUUCUCCUAGGGUUUUUGUUCAGUAUUGUCUAGCUCUUGAGCCUAUUCAAAUUCUGCUCUACACAUAAUUACAUUACAAACGCUUUGCUAUUGAUUACAGACUUGGAUGUAAUGAAGAAAAAGAAACUGUUAUUUUCUGUGAUAUAUAUAUUCAUUUGUAAAGGUUUGCUUUAAAAUGCUGUAAUUUAUUUAAUUUGUUUUUGCAAAAUUUCAAUCAAGUGUUUUGUGUGUGUGUGUGCGCAUUGAAUUUGACUGCUUAACUGUUUUUUUAGCUUGCACUUUCAAAUAUGUAUCAUACUGUUUUAUUGUAGCAAUUAGCUGUUAUUUGUAAUAAUGGUUUUGAACCACUACUUUGACAGUGCAAAUGCUAAAAUGCAACAAAGUUGAUAUAUAAAUCCACCUCUUGCAAUUGUGUAUAUCACUGAGAUCUGUAGGUGGUCUCAAAAUAAAAGCUCCAUGGUCAAAAAACAUAA